CCUUCAGUUCAAAGAACGAGAAUUACAAUCAUAACAAGACGAUACGUCUGUGACAAAAGAAUCGAAGAAAAGAUGUCUAAACCUGAUAAUACACCUGAAAAUGCUGCAUCUGAAGAGCUUGAAUAUGAAUGGAUGAUCAAGCCAUGUGCCAUAUAUAAAGACGAAUUUAAAGAUUGUAGUAGCAUAAGAGCACGCUUUCAUCAAUAUUUUAUAUUUGGAGAAAUAUUAGAUUGUAAACAAUGGAAAAAGGAUUACAUAAACUGUUGUCAAUGGGAAAAAAAUAAAAAUAAGGAAGCAUAUAAUGAAUUAAUUGCUAAUGAGAGGGAACGUAGAUUUAAGAGACUAAAAGGUCAUUACGGUAAUAAUGUUUGGGAAAAGAGAGAUAAACCUCCAGAGAAUUGGAAUGCACCAUUACCUACCUGGCUAGAAGAAAGAAAUAAAAAUUCAUAUUUAAAAUAUGUAAACGACCAUGAGAAACAAAGAAAAGAAAUUGGAAAAUAUUCUUGUAUCAUAAUGUAG